GGGUUCCGGCUGCAGCCCCAGCGCGGGGAGCGGGCGAGAGGCGGCCCCGGGGAGGCAGCAGCCGCGGGGCGGGAAGUCGCUGCCGGGCGCAGGAAGCGGCCGGGGCCGGAGCCGAGCCCGGCGAUGGCUGCAGCGGGGCCGGCGCAGCAGCUCCAGGUGGCGUUUGAGGACGUCGCUCUGUAUUUCACCCGGGAGGAGUGGGAGCUCCUAUCCCAGCCAGAGAAGCAGCUGUACCGGGACCAGAUGCUGAGGAAUUACCAGGCCCUUGUUUCCUUGGGCUAUUCAGAUUCCACACCAGACUUAAUCCACCGAAUCGAGCUAGGGGAGGCAGAGCUCUGGAUCUGGGAUGCUGAGGACUCCAGGGAAAGCUCAGGGCCUGAGAGCCCCUCCUCAGCAGGGCUCGGGAUCCUGGGGGGAAUGCGGACACAGUCUGAGUGUGCAGGAAAGCAGGAUCCAACAGCCCACAGAGGGAUCCAUGCACAAGACUCAGUCCAUCACUGGGGUAAACUCAGCCAGAGACCAGACCUGGCUACACACCAGAGACUCCCCAUGGGCCUGUGUCCCCAUCACUGCAUUGUCUGCGGCAAGAGGUUCAGCAGCCCCUCCGCACUGACCCAGCACCAGCGCACGCACACCGGGGAGCGGCCGUAUCAGUGCACCAACUGUGGCAAGGGCUUUGCACAGAACUCAACCCUGAGAAUACAUCAGCGCACACACACCGGGGAGCGGCCACACCACUGCACCGACUGCGGCAAGGGCUUUACACAGAUUGGACACCUGAGAAUACACCAGCGCACACACACGGGGGAACGGCCAUAUCAGUGCACCAACUGUGGCAAGAGCUUUGCACACAAUUCAACCCUGAGAAUACACCAGCGCGCGCACACUGGGGAGCAGCCACAUUGCUGCACAGACUGUGGCAAGGGCUUUGCACAGAUCGGACACCUGAGAAUACACCAGCGCACACACACUGGGGAGCGGCCGUACAGCUGUGAUGAGUGUGACAAAAGUUUCAUCAGUGCCUCUGUGCUAACCAAACACAAGCGCACACAUACAGGGGAGCAGCCACACCAUUGCGGUGACUGUGGCAAGGGCUUUGCACAGAACUCAGGCCUGAGAAUACACCAGCGCACACACACCGGGGAGCAGCCACACCACUGUACCGACUGCGGCAAGGGCUUUGCACAGAUCGGACACCUGAGAAUACACAAGCGCACGCACACUGGGGAGCGGCCGUAUCAGUGCACCAACUGUGGCAAGAGCUUUGCACAGAACUCAACCCUGAGAAUACACCAGCGCACGCACACCGGGGAGCAGCCACACCACUGUACUGACUGCGGCAAGGGCUUUGCACAGAUCGGACACCUGAGAAUACACCAGCGCACACACACUGGGGAGCGGCCGUAUCAGUGCACCAACUGUGGCAAGAGCUUUGCACACAACUCAACCCUGAGAAUACACCAGCGCACGCACACUGGGGAGCGGCCGUACAGCUGUGAUGAGUGUGGCAAGAGUUUCAUCAGUGCCACUGCGCUGACCAAACACAAGCGCACACAUACAAGGGAGCGGCCGCACCAUUGUACUGACUGUGGCAAGGGCUUUGCACAGAUCGGACAUCUGAGAAUACACCAGCACACACGCACUGGGGAAUGACCACACCACUGUACUGAGUGGGGCAAGAGCUUUGCAGAGAGCUCAAAACUGAGAAUACAUCAGCGCACGCACACCGGGGAGCAGCCACAUCGCUGUGCUGAGUGCGGGAAGGGAUUUUCACAGAUCUCAUACCUGAGAAGACACCAGUGCACACACAUGGGGGACUGGCCAUACAGCUGUGCUGACUGUGGCAGGGGCUUUGAGUAUAUCUCAAACCUGAGAGCACACCAGCGCGCACACACCAGGGAGCGGCCAUACAGCUGUCCCAAUUGUGGCAAGAGCUUCAGCAGCACCCAAGCAGUGACCAAACAUCAGACCGUGCACACCGGGGAGCGGCCAUUCCAAUGCACUGUCUGCGGCAAAAGCUUUGCACAGCGCUCGCACCUAAAAAUACACCAGCGCGUUCAUACCGGGGAGCAGCCAUACAGCUGUGCUGAUUGUGGCAAAUGCUUUUCUCAGUUGGGCAACCUCACCCGGCACCAGGUCACUCACACCAACACCCUUGUGUCACUGCCAGGGCCUGAGGGGCUUCUGGCAGCCGAUGGGCCUGGCACAGUGCCAGCAGAUGCAGACCAGGGAGUGGUCCUCUCCCCAUGAUGCCCAGCAGAGAGGCUGUGGGGCAGGGAAGGGGACUUGGCUGAGCAGUGUGGGGAAGAGCAGACAGGUGGGGAGUUUUAGAGCAGAUGGUCACAGCCUACUCCAUUAGGGACCCCCUGCAUCUAGCUGGGAUCCACCCAGGAUAUCCCCUCCCCUCAUCUAGCUGGAAUCCAGCCAAGUCUCUCUUUCUGUCCCCAUCCUUCCCUCCUGCCCCCCCACAUCUAGGUAGGAUGCAGUCAAGACACAUACCCCACCUCCUGGUCUAGAUAGGACCCAGACAGGAUCUUUCCACCACACCUACCCUGGUUCCAGCUGGGGGUGACUCCUGGGUGACAUCUAGAGGUGGGAUUUGCAGUCCUCUCUCAGCAUGGAUUGGGCUGAGGGGCGGGGCAGGACAGCCCAGUGCUUGUGAUUGAAAGAAGACUCAGGAACUGCUCAUGCUGUCUAUUUUAAACAGAAAUGCGAUGAAGAACUAUGUACCUAAAGGUCUGUCUAACCAGGUGUUUCUUUGCUAUUAAACAAGCUGAUGCUUUCAGAUGUCAUGGGGAAAAGUCUGUGUGAUGUGUAAAGCUUUAAGAUGAACCAACCAAAAUGUUCUAAGGCCUAACUGAAUAUGAGGCCUCAUGAACCAUGUGACUGGCAGGUGCAGAAAGAGAGUUUCCCAUUUUAGGUCAAAAAAAAUAAUUUUGCACACCAUAUUUUAAAAUUCUGCAUAUUUGUCAAAA